AGUCACGCCAUGUGAUGUGAAGAUCAAGAUGUGCUCCAUUAAACACACACACACAUAGACACCUUCCUAAUAUUUUACAACAACUUGUAUUUUCAAAUUUCAAAAAAUAAAAUAAAAUAUUACAACAUGGAAAUAUCUUUAAAUAUUUUUUCCCAUAUAUAAAUAGAGCGUAACUUUAUGAGCACAAGAGUCAAGAGUUAAGACCAAGGCGUGUUUUGUGCAAAGAGAGAAAGUAUUGGACACACACAGAUCACACAUCAUAGACAACAACAUAGUUUGAGACUUUGAGUUGGUUAAGGUUGUUUAUGUUAAGAUUUGGUCGAAGAAGAAGAUAAAAGAUUUGUUUUUGUGAUCCCACAAAGAAAAACUAUGGAGUGGCCUGCUUGUACGGAUGAAUAUGAAAAGCUCUUAAUAAGGAUGAGCACUCCCAGGGUUGUUAUUGACAAUGCCGUGUGCUCCACUGCAACUUUGGUCAAGGUUAUUAGCACAAGAAGACAUGGUAGUUUACUUGAUGCAAUACAAGUUCUCAUUGAUCUUAAUCUUGUAAUUAAGAAGGCCUAUAUAUCUUCUGAUGGCAAAUGGUUCAUGGAUGUUUUCCAUGUCACUCAUCAAAAUGGAAGCAAGCUUAUUGAAGAGAGCGUUUUAAAAUAUAUAGAACAGUCACUCGGGAGCAUUCACAAUGUGAGAACUAGUUGCACAAACGGUCUUACUACGCUUGAAUUAUCAGGAACCGAUAGAAUUGGUCUUCUAUCGGAGGUGUUUGCUGUACUUGCUGAUCUUCAAUGCGAUGUGGUUGAGGCUAAGGUUUGGACUCACAAUGGUCGCAUUGCCUCUUUGAUCUACGUUAAAGACUGCAAUUCUGGAACCACUAUUGAGGAUUCUCAGAAAAUUAAAAAGAUUGAAGUGCGUUUAAGAAAUGUUUUGAAGGGAGACAAUGACAUUAGAAGUGCAAAGACUACUAUCUCUAUGUCUGUUAUGCAUAGUGAAAGAAGGUUGCAUCAAAUGAUGUUCGCGGAUCGUGACUACGAGAGGACUCCCAUUCUCAAGCUUACUUCCGAUAACACUGUAGUGACGGUCCAGAAUUGGGCAGAAAGGGGCUAUUCGGUUGUCAAUGUUCAGUGUAAGGAUCGAAUCAAACUAUUAUUUGAUGUCGUGUGCAAUUUGACAGACAUGGAGUAUGUCGUGUUUCAUGCAACCAUCAACACGAAUAGUAACCAAGCUUACUUGGAGUUUUAUAUAAGACACAAGGAUGGCACUCCAAUUAGUUCAGAACCGGAGCGGCAACGUGUAAUUCAGUGUUUAAAAGCUUCUGUCGAGAGAAGGGCGUCUGAGGGUGUUCAACUAGAGUUAUGCACCAAAGACAAGAAAGGACUUCUAGCAGAAGUGAUGAGAACCUUUCGCGAGAACGGGCUUAAUGUUACAAGGGCUGAGAUAUCAACUGUAGAUAACAUGGCAACAAAUGUUUUCUAUGUAACAGAUGUGAUUGGAAAUCCAGCUGAUCCAAAAAUCAUAGAGUCUGUUCGGCAGAAAAUCGGGUCAAACAAUUUAGAAGUGAAGGAGUUACCAUUGAUUUAUCAUCAAAAGGCAGAGAGUGAGGAUCAAGCUGUUGGAAUUGGGGGGGCAGUGUUGUGGUCUAUUGGGAACCUUGUGAGAAGGAAUUUGUACAGUUUGGGAUUAAUUAAAUCAUGUUCUUAAUGCAAAUGCUUGGGCAUGAUAAUAUUCCGUGCUUAGGAUUGGGCUUGUGUACAUAAAAAGUUAAGUUUAGAAUGAUGGAAUUUGGUGAUAGUUAGUAGUUGUUCUAAUGGUUGGUUUGGGUUUGGUAGGUAGUGAAAUGAAAAUAGUACAUAAUGGAUUCUUGGUUGUUGAUAGACAAAUUUUAGGUAGAAAAAUGGACAGAACAAAUUGGGGUCAUUGUUCAUUAAUCACUUAGGUCAUGUGUAAAUACUACAUACUUAUUUUAUGGUUAUUAAUAUCAAUUUUAAUGGUUGAUUUGA